AUUUUUAAGAACUGAAUUACAUAUGUAAGAGUUAGCACUUUAUGAAAGGUACGCUGGCGUGAAGAGUUGCAGUAUAUACCCUCGUGUAUUUUCAAACAGGAAAUUUAUUUCUUUUAUUUCAUUCUACUUUCAUACCUGUCGGAGAAUUCACAGCAGUUCAAAUAGACGCACAAAGUACUAUAUUUAUGAAGAUUCAUACGCAAAACAUUGGAAGUGUAAAAAUUAUGCCAUAUAUCUUAUAAAGAGUUGGUGUCCCACAAUCGUACAUCUGAAAUGGACACCCGAUACAUGUUAUAAAAACGUUUUUAUCUCAUUGUAUACACAGAAAAUGGGUGGGCGAGAACUGAAAUAAGUGGAUGUGUAUAUGGGAACAUCUCUUACUUGCAAACAGUGAUAUAGCACACGAGAUAGUGGCAGCCAUCGAUGUUAAUACAACAGCUAACAAAAUUUACAAACACAAUUUCCCAGAAACCAACCUGAUGGACUGCGGAAUAGAGUCACUAACGGCCAGACAACUUGAUGGGAUGAAGAUAGACAUGAUUGUUAUGAGCCCACCUUGUCAACCAUUCACCAGAGUUGGCAAGAAACUGGAUGCUGAAGAUAUCAGGACUCAGUCAUUUCUGCAUCUGUUGUCCCUACUCCCAAGAUUAAACAAUUGUCCAAAAUACAUCCUUGUCGAAAAUGUGAAAGGCUUUGAAGAAUCUGAAACUUGUCUGAAAUUGCACAAAACAUUAAUGGAAUGCAAUUUUGCAUAUCAGGAAUUUCUGCUGACUCCACUCCAAUUUGGCAUUCCUAAUUCUAGACUACGAUAUUACCUCAUAGCAAAAAAGGCUCCUCUGAAAUUCUGCUUUGAGAACUCAUCAGAGAUUCUAAAUUCAUUGCCAGUGGACAGUGCAUUAAGAUAUGUUCCAGCAACAUUCAGUUCACACCAACCAACUACACUCCUCAAGAAUUGUAAUAAAUCACAUAGAAGUGUUCCUGAUGUCUUGGGUCAAGACCAUAAAACUGAAAAUACAUCACAAACUGUAGAAAAAUCCACAGACUGCACUCAGAAUACAUAUUCUGAACAAGAUGGUACAAUGGGAAAGAAUUAUGACAGAGAAAGGAAAAAUAACGAUACUCGGGAUGAUUCUCAAGGGAGAUUUACAAUGACAUGCACGAUCUGCAGAGAGCGGUGUUUACAGACGUCAGGUGACAUCAUGAGGCAGCUAUCAGAAGACUGUGACAAGUGUCAGUGUCGACCUGUAAUGGAUUUCCUAGAAGACAACACCCCACAGUACUUUGAUUCCUUCAUGUUAACCAAGAAAGAUCUUAAGAGAUUUAUUGUCAUGGACAUUGUGUUUCCAUGUUUGCAAAAGACAACCUGUUUUACUAAAAGAUAUGGCCAUUUUAUGGAAGGGGCAGGAUCCAUUUUCCAAAUGUCUGAAAAAAUAUCUGAUAUGGAGGAGGCAAGCGAAUUGAAGAUCAGGACUUUAGAACUAAAGAACAGAGAUAACUGGUCAGAUGAAGAUUACCAGGUGUUGUUGAGGUUAAAACUGCGGUAUUUCACUCCAAGAGAGAUAGCCAACUUUUUGUGCUUUCCAUCCACUUAUCAUUUUCCAAAGGAUUUAUCUCGGAUCCAGCUCUACCGGACACUAGGUAAUAGCCUGAACGUCUACUUAGUGUCCAUUCUGUUACAACUAAUGGUCAAAGAUCCAAAAUGAUGGAAUUGGAAUGUUUUAGACAGAACGGAAAAAAGGAAAUUGUGUUGCAUUGUUAAUACCUAGAUUGAUGUCGGACAUAUUUGACUGUAUCUUCCGAUGGUUUAUUACGGCGUCAGUCUGUCAAGACAAUUAGACAAUGCACUUCUUUACCCAAGUACAAUGUGAUAGAGCAUGUGGGGUGAGCCAUGGCACAAUUUUAUAGUUCAUUACGGUCAGUCUACAGAAAGAAAUGAAAUGUGAAGAAAUAAAUGAUAAAUUUAAAAA